AUGGCAUACAAGGCACUUCUUAUUGGAGUAAAUUACUACAACAUCCCGGGACAAAACGAUUUACUGGGCUCCGUUCCUGAUGUUGAGUUUGUUCACCAAUUCAUCAAAAAGUCUCGUCCGACUGCGAAAAUUACAACGCUUACAUCCAGCAAAGGGCCAGGUCCAACACGGGGAGCACCCGCAGAAGAUCCCAAACUAUGGCCGACACGCGAAAAUGUGAUUUCAAGCCUUGAGAUUAUAUUGGACGAAUCAACGGUGGGAGAUGCUGUAUACAUCCACUUUUCUGGCCAUGGGACAACCAUUCCAGACCCAGAAUCUGCUUCGCGCGCACACGGCCACCUUGCGCUGGUUUUAUUCAGUAACACAGGCGGGGAAUACUAUCUCCGGGGUGAAGAGCUUGCAGGAAUUCUCAAUCGCAUGGUCACCAAGGGUGUUCUAGUCUCGUUAGUCCUCGACUGCUGCUUUGCUGGAAGUGUCGCUCGCUCCAAACACGGCUGGGAUUCCCUUCGCGCGGUACCCUACGAUCCAAGAUUGAAUCCCAGAGCUACUGUUCAUUUAGGCAACCAGUUUGUAGGCGAUGGGCUUCGCGGCGCGCGAAUUCAGUCUAAAUGGCUCACUCACCCAGAAGGCUAUGUGGUCCUUGCCGCGUGUGGCCCUCAAGAGGAGAACAAAGAGGUCCAAGUUGGGGACCGGAAGUAUGGCAUGUUGACAUUCAUCCUUGUCAACGCCCUUGAAACCCUAUUGAAGAAGGGCAUAGAGGUCACGUAUCGCUCCCUGUACGACCUAAUCCGCACUGAAUUCCACGUGCGCUGUCUCAGCCAGGUCCCAAUGCGAUACGGAAACGAAAAUUUUACCUUCUUUGGGAUACCAUAUUCUGAGUCAGAAGUGGCCUUGAUACCCGUGUACAAACUGGCCAAUGCUGACAACCUACAACUAGCUGCGGGUGCAGCGCAUGGACUUGUAGCCGGAGAUGAGUUCGCCUUGUACCGUCUCUAUUCAUCUCAGGAUGCUCGAUCAUUUCAGAGACAACCGCCAAUAGAGAAGACCAAAAUAAUUCAAACAGAUAGUCUCACAUCCGAGCUGGACGUGAUUAACCCCAAGAAUUACACACCGGGCGCUGUUGCGAAAGCGAAACUCCUGACAUCCACGGCGCUUACAAAGGCCGUGGUACGACUUUCGGAUACCAUGCACAACCGUGACCAGUGGAUCGAGUCGAUUUCAAGCAAAGCGUUCAUAACAACGGAGAUCACAGAGUUGCGAGGCUGUUCCGCGUUCAACUUGAUAAACAAAGACGGGGAUUACCACAUACAGUGGGAUUCGCUAGAGCCAGUUCUAGGCACACCGAUAGUCCCGCAGGACCAAACUGAUGCGAUGGCCUCUGUAGUUGCCGCGCUGGAACAUCUUGGCGCAUUCAAAUACUUUGAAUCAAUCCGGAAUCGUGCAGAAACAGCGGAAUGGGUAAAAAAGUUUCAAAUAACGGCUAAGAGCAACGGUAGUUCCACGGCUCGUCAAAACGGAAUACUGCAGCUCAGUGAAUUGGAUCACAUCAGUAUACGUGUGCAGAAUUUGUCUAGCGAGCCAUUGUAUUUUGCAAUCCUGAACCUUACUCCGUGUUGGGAAAUUGUGAACGUAUUAUCAGACGGAGGAGAAGGAGGAUUCAUGGUCAUUCCACCUCACGAAGUGGAUGAAUGCGAGUUAGAGAUGGAGAUACCAGAAGAAUUCAAGGUGCAAGACAUACUUUCCUGCCAGGAUGUUCUCAAGAUAUUCAUCACUAGCCAGCCGACCUCAUUCGCUUCACAGCUCCUUCCUAAGCUAACCAGGAGCAGCAGUGGCUCCCGCUCGAGCAUGGCAGAGUACACUAGGAGAAUUCGAAACUCGAUUCAUCAGCUGGGAGAUUCAAAUCGGAAUCCGUCGCGAAAUACCGAGUAUUGGUCGACUCAAGACUUUAUUGUAAAAACUUCUCGUAGAGCAUAG